CGCUGCUGCUCGCCCCGCCCCUCCCUGGCACCGUGUCCUCUGCUGCCAGCGCCGGAUUCCUCCGCCGCCACCGGUCCUCCUCCUCCGCGGCCACCGGUCCUCUUCCGCCGCUGCCUGCGUCCGUCGGAUUGCUCCAUAGUAUUUCACUCCACCAUUGCUUCUUGAGGAAGAAAAAAAGAAGUCAAGGUGAUCGAAAAGAAAAGCUAGUAACAAAACAAAAAUGAGUGAAAAUCGUGAGUGGAUGUAUCGGCGUUUUCUAUCUGAUGGAGCUUUGAAUCCCGAUUUUCAAAGAGGUCUUCAAGGUUUCAUUGAUUACGCUAACAGUAGACGUGAUUUAAUGGAUGGUGAAAAAAUUAGGUGUCCGUGUAGGAAAUGCGAUAAUAUACGUUUCCAUACUAAAAAUAAUGUUCAGUAUCACAUUGCAAAGAACGGAUUUGUGCGGGAUUACCAUAUUUGGAGGUUUCAUGGUGAAAUUGAAAUGGCCACGACUGAAUAUCAUAAUUUUGAAGAAGAAGAGGCUAAUGAAGAUAAUUAUCAGAAUAUGGUUAUGGAUAUUGCUGCAUCCCAAUAUAACAUUCAAAACAUCGAAGAACCCCCAAAUCCGGAAGCCCAAUUGUUAUAUAAUAUGUUGAAAGCAGCGGAUAAAGAGUUGUGGCCCGGUUGCAAAACUCAUUCACAAUUGUCUCUUGUUGCUCGUGUAAUGAGUUUAAAAGCAGAGGGGAAUAUGUCGGAAAGAUGUUUUGAUCAGUGGCUUGAGUUGAUAAAAGAGAUCCUUCCUGAUAAUUUGGCUCCUACUAAUUUUUACGACACUAAAAAGUUACUGAGUGGGAUGGGGCUACCUGCGCAAAGAAUUGAUUGUUGUCCAAAUAAUUGCAUGCUUUAUUGGGAGGAUGAUAGGGAUUUGGUUCAGUGUAAGUACUGUGGCGAGUCUCGUUACAAAAAUAACAAUCGAGACUCCAGAAGCAGUGGAAAGACAUUAGUAGCAGCAAAGCGAAUGUUCUACUUUCCUCUAACUCCACGUUUACAAAGAUUAUUUGCUUCUAAAGCCACGGCAGCAAACAUGCGUUGGCAUGCAUCAUCUAUAGAUGACGGGGUUAUGCGCCAUCCUUCAGACUCACCUGCUUGGAAGCAUUUGAAUGAUAUAUUUCCUGAUUUUACAACAGAGGUGAGGAAUGUUAGGUUAGGUUUAUCCACAGACGGUUUCCAACCUUUUGGUCAAUCGGGCCAGCAAUAUUCCUCGUGGCCAGUGAUUGUUACACCCUACAAUCUCCCACCCUGGAUGUGUAUGAAGGAACAAUUUAUGUUCCUUACAAUCUUGGUCCCUGGACCACGCAACCCAAAGGAAAAACUAGAUGUUUUUUUACAACCAUUGAUUGCAGAGCUUAUACAAUUAUGGAAUGUGGGUGUGCUUACAUAUGAUGUGUCGUUGAAGCAAAAUUUCAAUAUGCGAGCAGCUUUACUGUGGACAAUUAGCGAUUUUCCUGCCUACUCAAUGUUAUCCGGGUGGAGUACGGCUGGAAGAUUAGCUUGUCCACAUUGUAUGGAUGAAACUGAAGCUUUCACUUUAUCACAUAGUGGCAAGCAAUCAUGGUUUGACAACCAUCGAAAGUUUCUACCAAUGAAUCAUCCUUUCCGAAGGGAUAAGAAAAGUUUUAUCAAAAAUAAGGUGGUUACUGCACAACCACCUCAAGUUCAAUCUGGGCAAGAGAUAUUGGCAGAGAUUGAAGCGAUGGGAUUUGUGAAAGUAACUGAAGAUAAUCAAGAUGCAAUUAACAAGGCAGCGAGUCGAAUUUACAUCCCUUGGGGCUGUCUACAAGCUUUGGCAUGCUUGUGCUGCGCGGAGGUAUAGUGAUUUUGUCCAUGACAUCAAGGAAAGGAGGAGCAAGAGGCCUCCUUUUAUUCACGAGGACCACUGGCCUAAUUGGAAUAAGUACUGGGACUCUGAUGAAGUCAAAGCCAAAUCAGAGAUAGCGAAAAAGUGUAGGAUGUCUGAGCCUUUAGGUCCUGGAACUGGUCAAGCGAAGCACAAAGGAGGUUCGAGGUCUAUUCUUCAGUAUGCUGAAGAAGUGGGUAAGAGAAAAGGAGUGGAGCCGACUGAAUGUUUGUAUGAUGCUUAUGAGAUCCUUCAUAAGAACAAGGAUGGCACUUAUACAGACGAGAGGUCUAGACGGAUUGGAGAAAAAGUGCAGGAUAUAGUUGUUUCUCAGAGUCAGACUGUGGAUGAUGAUUCUGAUCCGCCAGAGAUCGAUAUGAACAAGGUGUACGUGGAGGCUGUUGGUGGACUCGACAAGAAGAAGAGAAUGUUUGGAGUUGGUGGACUUGCAGCCAGCUUACGGAGUAGUGAGCAGUCGAGUGGUACAUCUCAGUUUCAGGGCCCUCUUGUCGAUCCUCAACGAUUUAUGGACGUGGAGCAGCAAUUACAGGAUGCAUUAGUGGAGAUAGCACGUCAAAAGGAGGAGAUGAGGCAGAAAGAUGAGCAGACCAAUGCUCGAUUUCAGGCUCAGCAGCGUAUGUUCGAGGAGAUAUUGGCUAGGCUUCCACCUGGACCCACUCCACCCACUGGACCAUCAUCUUGAUUAUGUUGUGUUUUUGUAUUUUGAAUACUUGAAUAUUUCUAUUAUAUAUUUGUGAACAUUUGAAUAAUUUGUUAAGUUAUGACUAUUCGAAUGCUAA